UUCUACUUCAUUAUCGACCUCGCAAGUACCUCCAGCGUCAUUAUGGACCUUGCAAGCAUCGUCAGCUUCAUUAUCUACAUUGUCAGUAUCCUCGGCUUCACUGAUGUUUUCACAAGUAAACAGUAUCGUCGGAGAGACGCCAGUUGCAUUUUACACGAACAUUCUGUUUUCUGGAAAGGCACUUCAGAGCCAUAUUGUACAUACCCUUGAUGUGAAGUCUGUGGAGCAAUGUUUCUCACACUGCCUCGAAUGUCUCCAGCGUAGUGAUGGAUGUUUUUGUGCUUCUUUCAACUAUAGAAAAUCUGGGACAGGCAAUGGCCGUCUUUGUGAAAUCAACAAGGAAAACCAUGAAACGGUUCCAGGUGACUUUAAAGUCAUGGAAGGGUCACAGUAUUAUGUAGUCUAUUAAUUUCAUCAAUGUGGGAAUUUCCCUACUAAUAUAAAUGUUAAUAGAUCCCCUGUUGUAUAUGAUAAUACACUGAUGCAUACACAUUUUUAGAUGAGAGAAACAGCUCAAUGAUCAACUAUGGUUUGUGCGGAGCAAAUGACACUUUUCUUACUGACGCAAUCCAAGGUGGCCACUUACCAGUGAAAUAAUCUUAGGGUCCAGUGGGGAAUUUCCCUACUAAUAUAAAUGUUAAUAGAUCCCUACUGAACCACUGUUAACAAAAUUUGAAAGAUUAUGUAAAAAAAGGUUCUGGAUUUGAAAACUUUCAAACUUGGCUGGUCCAAACAAGUUUUAAUAGCAUUGAUAUCUAUGUCUAGAUUUUCUUUUUCUUGUUAGGAAUGGAUUUUUGAUACUAUACAACUUUGAUUUUACUACUUAGGUAAACUGUCAAUUCUUCAUUUCUCAUAUUCUCAAAAAUUAUCUUUCGCAGGAAUUUUAACCAUCGCAAUGUCUUCCUCCAUCAACCUCCAUUAUUUUGAGGAAAAAAUUUAUCAAUUUAACAAUAGAAAAUGCGCACAGAUCGGCCUAAGAAGAAAUGUUUUUACAUUAUCUGUCGCCUUUCCCACUUUGUAAGUUAUAUUCACUUUGCAUCCUCUGUAAUAUUUACCUGUCAGUAAUGAUUACUGGUGCCCUGACCUAUUUUCUCUUAAAAUUGUUUCACAAAUUUUAAUGUGAUAUGCAUUAGGUAGCUUAUUCAAUUUUAAAGUUCUGUCUCCCUAAUUUGAGCGAAUAAACAAAAGUGAGAUAAAAGAUC